AUGCCGACCCGACAGAAGCAACUCAUUUUCUCCCUCUGCGGGCUCUUCGGCUUCUCCUGCGCCCUUACGGCCGCGGUGGCCACCGGUCUGCCGUUCUGGCUCAACGGGACCGUGCUGUGCCGGACCGGGGCCGAUCUGGUUAAUGCCACCGGACCCGAGCUGGACAAGUUCCUGGGAGACCUGAGCUACGGACUCUUCCACGGACAGAGAGUGAAACAGUGCGGACUGGGAGGGAGACCGUCCAGGUUCUCAUUAUUCACAGACCUGCUGAGUGCAAUCCCAGCAGGCAUCCACAUCACCGUCAUCUUCUUCUGUUGUGUUGUGAUCCUCUUCUCCUCUGUGGCUUCCGGCUUCUUCUUCUUCAACGCCUUUGGCAGACCCUAUGAAACACUACAAGGCCCCAUGGGACUUUAUCUGUGGACCUUCAUCUGCUGUCUGUGCAGCUUUCUAGUGAUGAUCCUGUUUGCGUCUGAGGUGAAGCUCCAUCACCUUUCGGACCGAAUCGCCAAUUUUAACGAGGACAACUUCGUCUACCAGACGUACAGUGAGAGCUACGACCAAUCCUUCUGGCUCUUCUUCCUCAUCUUCCUCCUCCACGGACUCAACAUCCUGCUGAUCAGACUGGCAGGAUUCCAGUUUCCCUUCCAGGAAACCAAAGAGCUGGACCUGAGUGGGGGGGCAGCUGACCUCAUGUAUUGAGGAAACCUGAAGUAUCUGUGAGACCAGCAUGAGACUGAAGUCUAGUGUCCUCUGUGAGAAAGAGACAAACUGGAUCUGAACCUGGGCUCGUAUUCACAAAGUAUCUUAAGGCUAAAAGUAGCUCCUAACUUCUCGAUUUAGGAGAAACUCCUAAAAGUAAUGGGCAUGUUUUAGGACUCUUCAUUUUUCUGUCUAAGACUAAUUCACAAAGCCACUUAGCGCUAAUAGUAGCACCUAAGUCUGGGAAAAGUUAGAAGUAGUGGAGAGGACUCCUAACUCACUAAGAUCAAAUCAUAAAGAACCUUAAAGGGCUGCUGUCAUUCCACGUCGCGGUGUUUUGGAAACCUUAAAUGAUGCUGAAUUACUGAAUGAAGAUACAACUCAGUCAGGAGGGAAAAAUGAUCGUUGUGGAGUUUGUAAAGGAUGCAAUAACAUCUCUUACCAACUGAAACAACCCGAUCAGCACGGAAAUUAAGUGUUACUGCUGCUACUUGGCAACAGAGAAAACGCAACUUUACAAUGCUGACAGAUGGAGAUCUCUCAGCCGUCUAUUCACCAAACAAUAAAUGUGUCUGUAGACUCAACAUCAUCAGACAGUUCAUACCAUUUCCUUUAGAUGUUCAACAAAUACAGAGAAAUAAAGCAGCUUCAUGGCAAUUGCCGGUCUACCCGCUUUGAUUGGUGCCAGAGAUGGAAUGCAUGUUAAAAUGAUUGCACCAUCACAGUG